AUGUCUGACUCUGAAAGUAUAGCGGGGACCGAUUCACCAUUUGUAUACCUGGGCUUCGUGGAUACACCUGUGAAAGAAUCCGAUGAGCUUUCCAUUGAGGAUACAUUUAUCGGCGGCGAACCGAAAUGGUUGCACAAUGAUUCCGUGCCAGCAGAUGAGCUUCUGAUAUGUGGUGCAUGUAAAUCGAGAGAUAGUAUGAGAUUAAUAUUACAGGCAUUUUCUCCCUUGGAUUGUGAUCAAGUGGAAGAUGUUCAACGGAAAAAUGACAUUCAAAACAUGAAUCACAUCGAUGCUGAAGAUGACAGAGUUUUAUACGUAUUUAUGUGCAUGAAAUGUCAGAAAAAAGCAAAGUCAGUGCGCUGCAUUAGAGGCGUUAGGAAGGGAAAGAGAGUAGCGAAUGUUUCUGAAAAAAUUUCUGAGAAGACGGAAUAUUCGACAGUCCAAAAGAACUCAGAGGUCAAUCCGUUUGAUGUAUCACACAGUGUUGAUGCCAAUCCUUUCAAUUCUAAUCCCUUUCAAAGUAACGGUGCUGCCCAUCCCUUCACCCAAGUUAAGGCUGGUGAGGAUAAGCAGGAUAGAAAGGAGUCAGUGAAGACUGCGAGGAAACUACAUGAUGCUCUUAAAGACAAAGAGUUUGACAAUCAAAAGGCUUUUAAAAGUUACCUUUUGUAUGUUGAGGAGGAGUCGUUCAAAAAUAAGAAACCCGAGCAUCUGCAGUUACCGAAGAAUCUUAAAAUUGACAAAGAUGCACUCGAUUUAGAUAGUGAAGUUGAUUUCGACAAAAACCCUAUUAAAUUGGAUCCAAGGACAGAGAAACUUUCUAAAUUUCUGGAUGACGAUGUAUUUCAGAAAUUUCAAGAGAUAGUUGCCUACAAUCCCUCACAGGUGUUACGUUAUGAUCUCGGUGGUACACCACUCCUCUAUGCGAAAUGCACGCCUAAUCUCGUAACUACAGUUCCUAGACCAGGCUAUAACCCAUCUUCCAAAAGGAUUUAUGAAGUGCAAUUGAUGCCUAAGAUGAUCAUGGAUCUGGAGGAGAGCGUUACUUUGACAGGUGGUAUGCAAUGGGGAACGAUAAUGAUUUUUACUGAUAUUGAAAAUUACAUGCCGAAGUAUGAUAAAAACGGUGUCGGAUACGUCGAAGAAUUUGUCAAAGUCCAGUGGGAAAGUGAGAAUUGA